AUGGGCGGAGAGGCGGAGGACGCGGAAGGGCGGGGGAGGGCGGAUGGGCGCGGGGGAGCGGACAGCGGAAGGGCAGUGGGGGGAGGGGCGGGGGGAAAUGAGGCGGCGGGAAUUGCUGGGCUGGAGCCUGGGAAGACGCGCAGCACACACAAACUGCUCAAGGUGCACCAACCGGGGGAGGCGCCUUCUGUUGCCCACCCUGUCCGUGCUCUCUCCACCCUUCCUUCUCCCGCUCCUCCACCUCCCCUCCUUCCCUCCUUUCCCUCCUUCCAGAUUGUAUCAGGCUCCAACAGGGGGAGGCGCCUUCUGUCCCCCGCGGACCGCAACGUGCGCCCCAUGAUGGAGAUGGUGCGGGCGGCGGUUUUCGACAUGUUGCACGCGCUGCUGGACGCGCCGCACCGCCUGCCGCCCGGCUCGCGCUGGCUGGACCUGUACAGUGGCACGGGAAGCGUUGGAUUGGAGGCCAUGAGCAGGGGCUGUACGCAGGCGCACUUUGUGGAGAUGGACCCAUGGGUCGUAUCCUCUGUGCUGUCUCCCAACAUUGAAGCCUGCUCCGCCUCCUCCCACACCACCAUCCACCCACUCAAAGUCGAAUCCUUCCUUCAGCAAGCGGAGGAACGAGGAGCCGAGUGGGUGGGAGGCCCCUUCAGCUUCAUCAGCGUGACACCCCCCUAUGAGCUCGUCGUCUACAGUCAACUCAUGGCUCAGCUCGCUGCUUCCCCGCUGCUGCACCAAGAAACUUGCAUGGUGGUGGAGUAUCCAAUCAAAACUAGGGAUGAGAUCUUGGACACAUGCGGUCCUCUAUAUAAGAUUAAGGAUCGAAAGUAUGGUCGGACCAACGUGGCUAUCUAUGGUCCUGCAUGGGCUCUGGAAGACGAUGUGCAAUGA